AUGCAGUUCACCACCCUUGCCAUCUCGGCGCUUGCUGCUGCUUCGGCUGUUGUUGCCGCUCCAGUAGAGAAGCGCGCCGGUGGUUCUGGUCAGGCUACCUACUACUACCAGAACGGUAACCCAGGCUCUUGCGGUCAGUGGAACAGCGACUCUCGUCCGAUUGUUGCGGUCAACAGUGCACAGAUGCACGAUGGACUGUGCGGAAAGCCGAUUUGGAUCCAGAGCAAUGGUAAGACGAUCGAGGCUACCAUUGCCGACACUUGCCCUACAUGCUCGUCGGGCUCACUCGACCUUUCCACGGGUGCAUUCGAGCAGCUCUCGGGUCUCGAUGCCGGAGAGAUCCCCAUCAACUGGUGGACUUGA